AUGCCGAUUUUAGACAUGCAUCGCGCGCGUUCGCGGCUCACGUGGUUGGAACGCAGUGAUAAAUUGUUGUUGCCUCGUGUUUUGUCUUGUUUGCACGUGUUUUGCGAACACUGCCUCGACAAGAAGUUGAUCGGCGAAAGUGGGGAUGCGGGAUCUGCAGAAACUGUCAUCACCUGUCCAACUUGCAACCAAGAUACAAAGGUUGGAACAAAGAAAUUAGCAUCCUUACCAUUGGACGUAAUGACAACGAAUAUAUCCGAUGUUUCAAAUUCGAUAAAUUUGCAAUGCACAAGUUGCACGGCAAAAGAGGUGGCGAUAUCGCGAUGCUGCACUUGCCACAACCUUUUAUGCGGCAAUUGUGAGACCGCUCAUCGUUACAUGCGCUGUUUCUCCUCACACAAGGUGAUAUCGUUAGAGGAGCUCCGCAAAGACGGUCAAAAAAUCACAAUCCACAAGCCAUUGGUAUGCGACAUACACGCCGGCGAGAACGUUAUCUACUAUUGUAGCACGUGUAACGUGCCGGCUUGCACCGAAUGCGCCAAACUUGACCAUAAAGUCGCCGCUGGACAUCAAUGCGAAUCGAUUUCAGACUCUGAAAUUCGCGUUCGUCAAGAGCUCGAGGGAAUGGUAGCGGAAGUUAAGGUGAAGAUUGAUCAGACCACGAAGGUGUCUGGCGACUUGGAGAGUAGUUUAAUCGAGUUGGCGAAUCAACGAUCGACAGCUAAAGAUUUGAUUAACGAAUCGUACCAAAGUUACAAGGCGGUUUUGGAGAAGUGUCGUGAUACCGCCCUCGACGAACUGAAUACGUUGUACCGCGAAAGGGAAUUGAAGGUGAUGGAUAUGACGGAGAAGGUCGGCAAGGAAAUUGGUAUGUUGGAGGACGCUUGUAAAUUUGCCUCGAGAUUGUUGGAUAACGGAACCGUUGCCGAAAUUAUGUACCUGCGUAAAACUGUGGGCACUCAAUUGCUCAAUUUAGUUAAUAACACUUUGAAACCUGAAAAGAAAUUUUGUAUCGAAUUUCAACCGGAUUUCAUCGAAUUCGAAUCUUGCGCCAAAACUUUAUUUGGUAAAUUCCAAACGGAAUCGACAUCGCCCUCCUCGACGCUCUCGAAACCCAAAGAUAGUAGCCCCGUUACGGUAGGAACGACAACUUUGCCUCCUUUGAAUAUUAACGGGUGCGCCGGGGGAUCUUCGCUGUCCAAUAGUAGCCCGAUUUCGCUACCCACUUCCAUGCAGUCUUCGUUUGACGGCGAUUUGGGCGCCAACUUGCAAGGGCUUACGAUCGCCGCUCAGAGUCCUCCUGUCACCCAAAUCAACGCGGCCCCUCUGCAAGGAUUCUCGCGUAUCGCCGAAUACAAUAUCGCACAGCUAGCCACGCUUGCUGAUGCAAACGCUGCGGCGGCUGCAGCUGCCAGUGCUGCAACUUCACCCACACAGUUUACCCUUGCUGAUUUAUUUAAUACUGAUACUGCUUAUAAGAAUUUGCAUUCACUUGCCAAGUUGGGAUUGAAUAGUUCUGAAAAUACGUUGAGUAAUGGCGGACAAAUGUUACGUCCCAAUUCUCCGGCAACAUUAAAUAUUACCAAUACUUUAUUGAACGGUUUCAAUCCCGUUUCAUCUUCCACGUCACCGUUAUUAUCGACACCAGACGACAUCUUACCUGAUCCAUUGACCUCUAUUGUAUCAAAUCCGAAUGGUGGGGCUAGUCAGGUUAUUCAGCGUACAAACAAAGUGAGCCCAAUGCAAAUUCGAUGCAAGUUUGGUCAGUUAGGACCUAGCAAAGGCCAAUUUAAUUCGCCCCAUGGUUUCUGCUUGGGCACUGAAGAGGAUAUCGUUGUUGCUGAUACUAAUAAUCAUCGUAUUCAGAUUUUUGAGAAAACUGGUACGUUCAAAUUUCAAUUUGGAAUAGCUGGCAAGGACGAGGGACAACUCUGGUAUCCGCGCAAGGUGGCAGUAAUGCGAUCGAGCGGCAAAUAUGUGGUUUGCGAUCGUGGCAACGAACGUUCGCGCAUGCAGAUAUUUACCAAGAACGGACAUUUUUUGAAGAAGAUUGCAAUCCGUUACAUCGACAUUGUGGCCGGAUUGGCUGUUACUACAAUGGGUGAAAUCGUGGCAGUUGACAGCGUUAGUCCGACUGUUUUUGUCAUUAGCGAGAACGGCGAGCUGUUGAGAUGGUUUGAUUGCAGUGAUUACAUGAGGGAACCGUCUGAUAUUGCGAUUCACGGGAAAGAAUUUUACGUUUGUGACUUUAAGGGUCAUAAUGUGGUUGUGUUCAGCGAAGACGGAACGUUUUUGCGUCGGAUUGGUUGGGAGAACGUGACCAGUUAUCCAAAUGGGAUCGAUAUAUCAGAUGCUGGGGACGUUCUUAUAGGGGACUCGCACGGAAACAGGUUCCAUGUGGCCGUUUUUUCUCGGGAAGGACCUCUCAUUUCCGAAUUUGAGUGCCCCUACGUGAAGGUAUCUCGUUGCUGCGGAUUAAAGAUAACGUCGGAAGGAUACGUCGUGACGUUAGCCAAAAACAACCAUCACGUGCUGGUGCUCAACACCCUCUACAUUCUUUAGAUAGAUACGUAUCAGCAGUCCCAGCUUCCCCUUCGCCCUCACCCUCACCCCUCCUUCCAUGCAAGUAAAAAGUAGUAUAUGAUCUCGCACUCUAUAUACAAAAAGAACUGAUUUAUUUUUAGUACAUAUACAUUUUUUUAUUAUUAUUUAUAAUACGUAUUUUACUAUUUUGCGCGCGUAUCAGCACGUAGAGUCGAUCGUUAAUUUUUUUUAAUGUUGAUUUUUUUUUCUAUGUUAGUUGUUUUGAUGUUUUUUUUUUCACUGAAUAAUUUAAGUUAGCAGCAGAAAUGGUUCCUAUACUUUAAAGAAAAUUAAUAAUUUAUUUACUGAUUUCUUUUUUGUUUUCAAUUUUUCUGACACCAAAAAUUUAUUAUUGACGUUUUUAUUAAUGUUAAAUUUAAAUCAUUGUUUGAAUUCUUAAUGAAAACCGUUUUGACGUGAUAGCAAACACGACGCAACGCAUUUAUUAUCAUUGAAGCUAUAAGGCAUAUUUUCACAUAUUGGAGGUUUAUUUACACAUGUGGUCGGGUCGUUUUUGCUAUUCGAUCAAAGAAACGUUUUUGAAAGAAUCCAAAGAUAAUAUUUAGGUAAUUUUAUAAUUCUCGUUAAUUUAUUAUUUAUAUUUUUGGUUUUUCUGGUGUCAAUUUUUAUUAUUUUUUUUAUAUUUUGAAACAAAAAAAUCCUGUACACGUGCCAACUUUCGAAUCUCCGAUAAUUUUUUGAGCACAAAUUUCUGAGAUUAAUUAUAUUUAAUGUUUGUUGUUUUUUCUACUACUAUAUUAUUAUUUUAUUUUGAUUAUUUUUUUAUUAUUUAGAUAAUAGUUGUUUUUGUGCGUCUGCGUGUGAGAGGGGAGUGUUUGUGUUUUUACUUACGUACUCAGGUUGGUUAGCGUUUCCUCGCGGGGGCCGCGGUUUUUUUGGGCCCUCUAGCGAUCAGUGCCAUCUAGGUUCUAAGUCCUACGGUUGCAGCCUACUGAUGAGAGAGUUGUUGAUGAUUUGCUCUCGUUUUAAAAAGUCGAUUUUUGAUCAAUUUGAUCGAUUUUUUUAAAUUCAAUAUUAAAAUAACAGAAAUAUACGUGGUUGCUUCUCUAAAUUCCAGUUGAGUGUGAAUGUUUAAAACAAAAGAAAGAAAAUGCGAAACUCUCCGCGUAAUAAAAAGCGCGGAAAACCAAUGCCUGUGAUAAUAGUAUCUUCAGGAUAAGUUGUGACCUUAGUCUCUCAUUGUUGUUUAACGUGCAAUAACUAGUUACAGGCUUUUCUGCAACUCGGUUACUUGCACAGAGUUUAUAAAAUUAUAUGUAUAUAACGAAAAAAUAAAAAAAAACGAGUUUUAAGCAAAAAAAAAUUAAAAAAAAAUAAAAUCUCGAAAUUUAAAAGCCAGAUUGUUUAUGUAUAAAAAUAAAAAUAAUCGUAUCUUAUACACUCUAUUAUCGUUCUUGAAGGAUUGUUCUUCGAAAAAUUAAUGUGAUGUCAAUAUAAUCUCACGAUUAAUAAUAAAAAAAUAUCUGAUGAUGAAAACCUAAAAACAAAAAGGUUAUUUUUUAGUUUCUACUAUUUAUUUACCAAAUAUAAAUAUAAAAAAAUAUUAUUUACACCGGUAAAAAUAUCACAUAGUAAUAUAUAUAUUAUAUAUACAUAAAUAUACAUACAUAAUUAGUAUAUGCUAUAGUUGUAAAAAUUUCAUUAUAGCAUUUUUGCUCACGUUACUAUUAACAAAAAUUUUUACAAGCUCUUUUUUGCCACUUGUGUACGUCUCAUACGAAAAAUAAUAAAUAAUAAAUAUCGCGGACAAAUACUAUUUUAUUAAAAAUAAGAGGAAACGGAUUUUUUGACAAAUUUUAUUUGGUGUUAAUACAAAAUACUCUAAUAAUUCUAAAAAAUUUCAACAAAUGUGUACAGAGUGGAUCGUUCACCUGUACAAUAUAUUAGGAACUAGUAAUAUAUUAUAUACAUAGUAUGUAAAGAUAAUUAAAUGAAUAUUUGUGUGUUUUUCUUUAAAUAAAUAAAUGUUUAUCAGAUAAUCUCAUAACAACCUUCUAAAAUUAAGGAGAUAUAACGAAAAAUAUCAAAAAUUGAAUAAAUAAUACAAGAAAUAAAUAAAUUUGUCGAAGAAUCUGAGCAAAAUUAAUGUAGGAAGUGAUUCAUUUGAACUUUAUUCUUUAAUUGUAAAUAAAAUAGUACGUGGUUGUGGACAAGUUCUUUGAUGAUUAAAAAUAUCAUGUUUUGCUUUUAUUCAAGAUAUUUAUUGAAUGAUAUAUUUGAUGCUCAAAGAAAACGCAUUUUUGAAGAUGCGUAGUUGAGUAGAAUUCGCAAAUUUCUUACGUAUAAACUUGCUUGCUUUUUUUAUUUUAAUACCCUCUGGGCGGUUUCGACCUCGUAAAAGGUCAUCAUCAGCUGAAUGGUCAUAAACUAAUCAAAAUUGGAAUUAAUAAUAAAUAAAAUAAAAGUUUUCAGAGAACUCAAUAACAUGUCUAUUUAUUAUUGUUAUUGUAGUCUAAACGGCUAUAGGUUUUAAUAUAUUUGCAUUUCUGAUAGACUUUAAUUUGUAAUAAUAUGAGCAUCCCUUGUCAAGUCAUUCUAUUGCAAGAAGAGCAAUAUUUUGAAGCUUUGUAUUGAAUUCAGUGCCGCAAUAAUUACUUUUUUCUCGUACAAAUAUUUGCAUAACAAUAUACUUCAUCAGUAUCAUCAUUAAAUUACCUGAUUUUUCUAUAAAAUUUUUUAUUUUUGUUAUUGAGUGCAAAUUAUGGAACCUAAAAUGUAGUAGGUUCACAGUCUACAAAGACGAAAAGCUUUAUAACGAAGCGAUAUCAUUUUGAUGGUAUAUACUGGCGAAAUGAGUGAUUGAAAUGGAUAAACCCUCUGUUUGAACGCAUUUUUGAAGUGAUCCACAAAAACUUCUUUUGUAUAGCUAAUCUGAAUUGAUCUUACAUUUUAAAUUUGCGCUGUUAAAAUGAUGAACAAUAGGAGUAAAAUUGUUACUUGUUGGUUUUCGGGCAUUUAUUAAUGUUUUGACCUCGUUAUCAGACUAUUUUCACUAUCACCGUUCCUCAAAAAUAUAUAUUAUCUAUUUGUCUAUAUAUACGGUUAAAGGGGGGUUAAGAACAGCAUUAUGAUGUUAAUUAUAAUUUGUUUAUUAUUAAUUCCAAUUUUGCUUAAUUUAUGACCAUUCGGCUGAUGAUGAUCGUUUAAGAGGUUAAAACCGGUCCCGAGGAUAUUUAAAUUAAAAAAAACAAGACGUUUAUACAAAGAUUGCUUUGUGUUAUGAUUUAUGAUUUAAUUUCGGAAUAAUUACAUCUUAUCUACUUAAUAAAUUUUCAUUUUACUUAAAUGAAUCACUUCCUUAAGUAUGCAGUUAGUUUAAAUAAAUAGGUCGGUUCGAUGGUACGCAUACAAUUGGAGCAUACAGUCUAAACUACUGAUACAACUACAUACAAUUAAAAUUAACUACUAUAAUUAGUAUCAAAAGAAAAAAAUCUUUUAAUUUUAAAUUUAAUAUAUUGUCAAUGUGAUAGAUUUUUUGAUGAUUUUACAAUCACAAUAUUAGUGUGUGUACAAAGAAGUCAUUUUUAGAUACUCGUAUACCAGUACUUUUGCCAUAUUUAUAUAAAUUAUAUAUAACGACGCGCGACUAAAGAAAGGAAAACAUAAAAAAAAAUAAAUAAAAGAAAAUGCGUUUGAAAAAGGAAGAAAUGUGUUUUAAAAAGUUCAUUCAGUAGCAAUAAGUAUUCUCAGACAGUAUUGGAGUGAGGAAUUGUUAUCAUUCCAUUUUUAGCGUAGUCUACUAUAUUUACAUAAUAUUAUUAUAUAUAUUUUUGUUUUUUUCUUUAUUGUAUUAUUUUCAUACCGAUUAUUAACUUUUCACGACGCCUUUAGACAUGUAAGGUAACCUCUAGUAUUAAGUUUUUGUGUGUUACGAUGUGAAACGUUGUUACUUAAUGAAAAGUGAAAAAAAAAGAUAAGAUUAAAUUAUUAAAAAAAUGAUAUAAUAGAUAAAAAGAUAGGGUUAUAAACGCUAUCCAAAGACGUACAGAGAUAGGCUCCAAAAGUUAAAAAAACAAUCAGUAAAUAAAAUCACAAAAGCAUUAAUUACUAAACUAGAUGAAGAAAAUUUAAUGCGCGCUGACAAAAAAAUAUAGAUAAAAACGGUUGUGAGCUACCUAUUAUUAUAUACACUUUUCUUUUCGAUUAAAAAUUUUCUAUAUA